AUGACCAGGGCAGAGACGAACGAGAUGCGGACCUACCCGCUCGACAUGGCCGACCGGCUCCAGAGGCUGGCGCGCGACGGCAUCGAGGGCCGGUACGCCGAUCCAUUCUUUGGCAACCCCUACAACGAUCAGGGCCCGGUGGUACAGCGCUUCAAAGAACAGGCCAAACCAUGGCGUGACAUUGCCGCCCUCCACCUGGAGCUUGUUUCCGUCUACGCCUGGCUCGAUGAGCUGCUGAGGCCUUAUACGACCGGAUUCAGCAUUCGACUUGAGCUCGAGUUUGUUGGGGCAGGCCGCUGA